GUUACCAGAUGCGUUAUUCGGAGUAGGAGUGAGGGCUAUGGACGGUUCAUCGAUUGAUUUCACUGGAGCCAUUUUUCAUCCAGCUGCCACGGUGGUCCACUAUGGUCUCAUCCACGAUUCCUGAAUGAAUUCUAACUGAAAAUGAUAACAUUUUUGUUUCUUUUGUUUCUGCGGAACGUAAUUUAGAAAUAAUAAGGAUUCUUGUCACUGGUGUUUCGCUCGAUUAUGGCUCUUUUUUGGGUCCAGUAAGAGAAGCUCACAGCGACAGACGCGUCUGCGGCGGUGAAGACCGGUGGAGGGACUGGAGAACUCGCGGCGCGCAGGAGAAAGUCUCUUCCUCUCUUCAAAUCGGAGCUAUUACAACAGAAAUAGGAGCGCCAUGGUGAACUCGCUCAUACUGCUGCUCAGCUGGAUGAUGAUCUCCGGGGUUGCGAGAGCUCAGAAUGAUACGGAGCCGAUCGUCCUGGAAGGAAAAUGCCUGGUGGUGUGCGACUCAAACCCGGCCACGGACUGGAGGUCCUCGUCCUCUCCGCUCGGCAUCUCCGUGCGCGCCGCCAACUCCAAGGUGGCUUUUUCUGCAGUCCGGAGCAACAAUCAUGAGCCGUCAGAAAUGAGCAACAAAACAAGAAUAAUCUACUUCGAUCAGGUGCUUGUGAAUAUAGGAAACUACUUCACAUUUGAGUCCGUCUUUCUUUCCCCAAGAAAAGGAGUCUACAGUUUUAACUUCCACGUCAUUAAAGUGUACCAGAGCCAAACUAUACAGGUUAAUUUGAUGCUAAACGGAAAACCAGUCAUCUCUGCCUUUGCAGGCGACAAAGAUGUGACUCGUGAAGCUGCCACCAAUGGAGUUCUACUUUAUCUUGAAAAAGAGGACAAAGUUUAUCUGAAGCUGGAAAAGGGAAAUCUGGUGGGCGGAUGGCAAUACUCAACGUUCUCCGGCUUUCUCGUUUUCCCUCUGUAGAAGAAAAUAAAAAGCAAGAAAAAAGAAAGGACAAUUGUAAGUCUACAGACUUCUUCAUAAUGUGUUGUCACAGUAUAAUCAAAACAUUGCUGCUUCAUUUGCUGGAUUCAGCCAAACGACUGAAAAAUGACAUGAAUAAAUACAUCACUACACGGAAAGGAAGUGACUUUGGAAAAUGCUCACAUUCUGGGAAGAAGUUAGGUUUGGAUAAAAAAGACUUGAAAUAUUCCUAAUCGCUACCAUGUGUUUCUGUCACUCAAGCAGCCCCUGAGAAGAGCACUUACACAAACAAAAGACACUGUUCAAACUUUGAUUUGCUGAAAUAUGCUUAGGAUGCUGUGAUUUUUUUGUGCCACGAUUAUGGAACUUAGUUUCAUCUGCUUUUGUUGGUGUAAACUGUAUUUUUUGGCUGUAUCAACUUUCAUGACCAAUGUAUACAUAUGAGAACAUGAGAGCAAUGAAUCUUAAUUAGAUCAGUAACACAAAAUACUCGGUUUCUGAGUUUGUUGGAGCAGUAACUUAUUUUAGAACCAGUUCAAGACAUAAAUGAAUUAAGCCACUUCUUAGCACACUAAUAGGGGCUUAAGUUAUCUAAAUGUCUACUUUUCUAAAUUUCUAUGACUUCCUUCUAUUUCAGUGCAGUAGGAAGAUAUGCGGCCAUGCAUGAAAAGGAUUGAGAAUCUCCUUUCCACCCAUGAAACACAGAAGCAGACAGAAUUUCAUGAGCUAUUGCUGAGCUAGCGUGCUAUUGAUUUUUUAUGUCAAAACGUUCCAUAGCAUGAGCGGUGUAGCUUUUACACACUGUGUACACUACAUGUGUACCACCUCAACAGUGUUUUUGCAACAGCUACUCAUUAUUGCAACAGUGGCACAACAAUUACUAACCUUUUCACAUUCAACACUAUGUAGACAAUCUGUCUACGCUAAAGAAGAAUCACUCACCUCAAGCUGCCAGAUGCUUGAAACUUAAGAAACUGACAAUUUGUACUUUAUGACUAACAGAUAACUGAGUUCACCAACAAUCAUGACCAGAUAAGAAUGUAAGAUUUCAACAAUUUUAAAAAUGUAGGGCAAAUACCGAUCUCAUCCAAGCAUCAGUAUUUGAGGACUUUACUGGGAAAUGUGAAUCCAAAUUAUUUGUGGAAAAUUAGCAGAAAUAAACGGGCUGCAUUUACUUCCUGCCCUCCAUCUGCAUUGGAUGACAUCGUUGCUACGUCAUCUGAAACCCAGCAAUUUGCAGAUUUUUUUAUUCUUAAAUAUUAAGUACCGGUAUGCGCUUUAAAUGUAACUUUGGAAGCUGAAAUACCUGUGGACAAUACUACCUAACACAAUAUUGCAUUGCAUUUGUAAACCAGCCAAUCCAGGAGUACCAUCAAUUUAUCUGGUUUUGAUUGGUUGUACCCCCAGUAGUGAAGAAAGACCAUGGAUGUUUGCUUCUACGGUAGUGCCAAGACUGUUUCCACUGUGCAUGUUAAUACAUAUUAAGGUAUGCUGUGAUUGAAAUAUCAGAGGGGUCAUUAAGUAUUUGCAGAUUCACAAGUUGUUGUGGUCCCUGACUUCUGGCAAAUGGAGUUUAGAUCUGGCCUAAAUAUUAUCUGACUCUAAUUAGAAGUUUGAGUCCAGCCCAACCAUCAAGUAUAAUUCUGGCCUGAUCCAACCCAUGUCAGGUCGAGCUUUACAUCUAAGCAGUACUUGUAGGUACAAGUGGGCCUCUGCAGUUCUACAAAUGAUAAGGAACAUUUUCAUAGUUGCAUUAUAGUCUUAAGUACAUGACAUGAGUUCAGUCAACUCUGCUGCUUGGUUCACACUGUAGGUACAUUGUAGCUUUAUAGGACUUCAAAUUAAUUUAUUCAUAUAAUCAACAAUUUAUUUUGUCCCAUGUCUUAAAGUCGACCAAAACUGACAGGCCAUUAUAUUCAGAAAACCAAGUCAAGACAUAAUAAACAGCAACUUUAACGAAUGCGAUAUUCAACAUUAUAAUAUCCUGGAACAAAAAAAAUAUUUUACCAAGUGCUAUUGCUUUGUUAUAUAAUGUGAAGUGAAUAAUUUUUCAAGCAUAACAUUAUGUUGUAUAAUCUAUUUGAAAGAAUUAUUUAUUGGCUUACAAGUGGCAAGUUUUGUUAAAAUAUAAAUGUUAGGAAUCUUUUAAAAAAAAGAUUCCAAAUCAACUUUGAGCGUUAAUGUAAUUUGACUAGACUUCCAGAGGAAGAGAAAGGAUUCUAAAAUAAAGAAUUUAUAAGGUGCUCAGAAAUCUGAUGUUCGAAAAUAUUGCCGAGUCAUAUUGUAAAUCUGUGUUAUGUGUGACCUUAAGAACCAUAAAAUUAUUACAGCUGAGAAAACAAACAUUGAAUAAAUGGCAGAAGACAUGCAAAACAACCACAAACAUCAUAUAUAAUAUUCCAUCCAUAUCCCUCUCCCCGUCUAUCCAUCUGGUCUUAUCCUGAUUGAGCAGGUUUGUAAUUAAGGUCAGGUGCCGUGUAAUCCAGUUGGCUAGUGAGGCAGGCGCCUAGCUCUGGGGAUGACUUAAUUUCCAAUGAAACUUGCUUAUUAUAACUUUAAGUGUCCCUUUUUGCACAAUCAGCUUGUGGUUCAUGAGCCUUAAAGUUGAAAAGGCUGGUAAACAUGCAUUUAACUUGUAAAUUCUUGCAGCAGCCUAAGUAUAACAUAACUUCUGUUGAAUUUAUAAAUUUAAAUGUUGCUACUCAGCUCAGCGCGCGAUGGCUUCUCUGCAAACAAAGAAGCAAAUUUACUCCUUUUGUAAACUAUGGAACUCACAAUUAGCAUUGUUUCAACCAGAAAAAAAGCCCACUUUCUCAUGUGAAAUGCUGUCUUACACUAAUUAAACUAAGUGUUCUUAGUUCAUGUGCAUUGUUCCUUAAUUUUCUGUUUUUGAAUGAUGAACUAUCCUAAAUAUCACAAUCAUAUUCUGUAAGAAGUUAUAAAACAAGGAGAUGGACUGUAAGGUAAAAGGUGUUAUUCAUCUUAGCAGACAUCCUGAUAGUUUACAGUGACACACAUCAGAAACUGUUGGAGAAAAUAAGACAGGUUUUUACAGCAAAUCCAGAAUAGUCUCAAGUCAAAUCCAGAAAAGUUCUGUCCCAAAAGGUUCUUUCCAAAGUACAAAACAUUAAAGCGAUUAUCAAACUCCUCAGUAGAGCUUCAUGUUGGUUUGCUGUUUUUAAUUGUCACAGAAUUGAAAGAAAUUUAAAUUCUGACAGAAUUGAAACAAAUGAAAUCUGUAUCAACUCGGUUACAUUUGUUUGCUGAUGGGAGUGAAAUUCCUUGCUAAUGGUGGCCAGUGCUGCUAAAACUCUUGUAGCUUCAGUAGGUGAUUAUUUUAAUAUUUAUAUAAAUUAUUUUUUUCAGUAAAUGUUUAAUUGUAUACAUUUGUGUAUUCAUGUAUUAAAGGAUAAUAACACUGAAUGAUGAAUAAACAUUGUUUUUUUUAAAUGAAUUCAGAAAGAUGGUUAUUGAAAGGUUUUAUUAAAAAAACAUUGCUAAACAUCAUUGAGGCUUUUAAAGCAAUUUCCUCAGCUAAGAAGAAGCUUAGACCUGAUAACAGUGUUAUUUACCAUAUUUAAAUAGAAAUGGAAAGCCAUCAGCAAAAUUGUUCACAAUUGGAAUUAAAUUCAUCUGAAACAGUUAGAUUUUACUGACACAUACAAUAUGCCAGUUAACAGCAACCUCAAACAAUGUCUGCUGCUAUUUCACUAAAUGACCUACCAAAUUUAACUGGUGAAACUACAACAGUUCAGAUUCACAGGAGUCAUGGAAACAUUUAUCUACAGCGAUCUUGAUAAGCUUAAAUUGCAUGGAAAAGCAUUUACACCAUUAAGCUUUUUCCACAACUUUUUAUUUGAAAUCUACAAACCUUUUUAUUUUUUGGAACUUUUUGUGCUCUACCAACACAUACAAAUGCAAGGUAAAAGGAAUAUUAAAAUAAAUCUAAAAAUGUGUGGCACAACUUCACCUGCCGUUUUUACCUCAGAUUAAAUCCAACGCAACAUCAAGCAGUCAUCUUCUCUGCUGCUGACUGGCUCUGUUCCCGAGAGGGAAGAUAAGAAAUACUCAUUGUGGAUGUUAUCACUUAUGGCAGUGCCAAGACAGUUUUCAAUGUGAGGUUUAAUGAACAAUAAGGUAUACUUUGUCUUUCCACAGUCUUACAGAAUGAACCACUAAGAUCCCAGGCUGUGUCAGCUUUCAGCUCAUGUUGCCAUGAUUACAGAGUCAAAGAGGUGUGGCUUUCAACUCAGAGGGGAUUUCCUCUGGAUUGUUACCCCAGGGAUGUUGCAGUCUUCAUGCAUGCUGUCCAAAUGCAUUUAGUGCUUUCAAUCCAAGGAAACUUUGUUGUUAAACAUCUUCAGCAUCUUACUAAAUGUUUUCUUUAUUUUUUUUUCCAUUUUGGUGUCUCAAUCGCUUUAGGUAUUGCUUGUCUAAUUAAGAGUAUUUUCAAAGUACAGUACUCAGUUUGACAUGAUAUGAACACAUGAAUAUGUCACAAUGUUCUCUUUAUAUUUAUUCUGUAUGAUUCCAUUGUGUAAAUAUAACAGCUUAUGUUGUCUCUUUUCAUCUGAUGUGCCCUUUAAUCUCCCAUUUAUAAGAUGAGGUUAGUUUCUAAGAAAUAUCUAGAGUGAAAGUAAAUAAUAACUAUGAAGGUUCAGACUGUGUGAAAGCUGAUGCUUUGUCAUUUGCUUAUAUACAUGCAAAAGAGUUACUUUAUCAUGAAGCUUCUCAUUGUUUUAAAGGGCUUUCUAUAAUGUUUGAAAAUGCCUGUCAGUGUUUCAAUUACACACAAGACGGUGGUGACCUAGAGUUUCACACUGCAAAACACAGACUUAG